AUGUCGGAUUCUCCAUUCCCUCGAAACUUCAGUCUACGAAACGUUAGUUCAAGCAAACCUCAAGUUGAGCGAACCGAGUCACGGCAAUCCGUUGCCGCCUCGGACGACUACUAUUCCUUCUCAGACCGAGCGGCCUCUUCGAGUCCAGAAAGUCGAGUCACAGCAAUGAGAUUUGCCACGCCUGAUUCACAUCCAUCUUCUCAAGCAUCCUCUCCCACAGUGCCCAGCGCACAAGAACCGCAGCACCGCCAGAUGGCUGAAUUCAGUCAUCUCCAGCAACAAAUGCAGCAACAUACCGCCGAGGAUAUUGGAUCUCCCCGACCAGCCACCGCCAGUACAGUUCGCUUCGGAGAAGAUAAAAUCGCCCGUAUUAGUCCCAAAUCUGACGAGACGGUUCGGCGAAUCACGACCGACUAUGCCGGCCCAGCACCUACUCCGGGUCUAGAUGAUUCGCCCUACGUUCGCUUCGCCAUAGAUCAACUGACUCGUGAUGAAGAAGUGAACGGGCCUCGACGACAGGACUCUAUUUCGACCAAAGAUGACUUUCCUGUUGAUCGCCUCGUGUGGGAUCAAGGUCUGGGCUAUUUUACUCGCGCACGAACCCCAAUCCGGCACACCGAGACACCCCCGAGACCAGACUUGAAAUCGCCAUCCCCACAAGCACUGCCCCAAAGACCUGAUUCGAUUGACCCAGAGUCAUUUGUUGCGGUUGAUCCUCCAGAACAGAGUCUUUUAUACCCCCCCCUAGACUAUUUACCUUUUGUUUUGAGGCCGCUGGCUUUAUUUGGACUUAUCUUCUGCUGCCUGCUCAUGAUUGCGGGUGUCGUGUUUUGCAAUAUCUGGUCACGCCGUCACGAAGGUCUCUGGAACUACGACGGCCAGGGUGGUUCACGCUACUUUGUCAUGCAAUUCCUGCCUCAAAUACUGGCUGCCCCUAUUAUCAUCUGGACCUUUGUGGUUCAGGCCGCGGUAUAUCGCAUCUCGCCUUUUGCUAUGAUGGCCGCUCAGCGGAAACGUGGAUCUGUCUUGCAAGGCUUGCCGAUUCUCCCACGAAAUUUCGUGUUCCCUGACCUCUCGCAUUUUCGGUAUGGAGAGGCUCUUUUUGGCUUCUCACUCUUCACGAUCUGGCUGUCAAACUUCUUCGCGAUUCCCCUCCUCAGCUGCCUUUUCCAGGCCAAGUACUAUGAUGGAGUGUGGAGGUGGGCUUCUGUUCAGGCAGUUGGAUGGACUGUCGUUGCAUCAUAUGGGCUCAUGACCAUCGGACUGUUGCUUCUGGUAGUACGUUUUGCUCGUGGUUGGACAGGUCUCAUGUGGGACCCGGUCUGCUUAGCAGAUUUGAUCUCCAUUAUUCAGAGAUCCAAUAUUCUACAUGACUACGAACACUCUGAGACGGUUCCAUCUGUCAAGGAGUCACUGGACUCUCGCAUUCUUCGACUUGGCUACUGGAAAUUAUCCAUGAAGCCCGAGGUUUUCUACGGAAUUGGUGAAGUAGAUGCCCCGAUUCGCACACCAUCGCUCCACCAGACAGAAAAAAGUCGUGACAAGCAACCGCAUGGCCUUGCAAAAGUUUGCUUUGAUCUUGAGCAUCAUGGUGCUUUUGCCAACGACCCGUUUGAUCAUCAUCUUUAUUCACCUUUCAUUCGGUAUCGCUGGACACCCUGGUUCUUGCGCAAGCCUUCCGUUUUUGUCUGGACGGUUGUUGUCUUCGCUCUUUUCAUUGCUUUCGUGGUUGUGAGCUUUGUCCACAAUGCCAUCAAAAACGGCUUCCCCCCGAGAUUACCUACCCUUCCAUCGAUCAGUGCAUUUUCCUCUUCCAACUUCCUCUACAGCUUCAUCCCUGCAUUGAUCGGCAAUGUCCUCUUCCUCGUAUGGCAGCCGAUAGACAUUUAUUUCCGGGCUCUUCAGCCCUUUGUUGAGCUCGCCUGCCCUAAUGGCUCGACUGCGGAGAAAAGUAUCCUACUCUCCUAUCCUUCCUCCUUGCCUAUCCAAAUCACCCUCCAAGCUCUUAUCAACGGCCACUACAAAGUGGCCUGGAUCUCUUUCAUGAGUAUUGUCUCUAUUGCAAUCCCAAUCCUCGCCGGUGGUAUUUUCAUUGCUCUCUGGUACCCGAACCAUGAGGAUGUGCGAAUGUCAACUCUUCUGCCUGCUUUCUACGCAUUGAUUGCCUUCUGCGGUCUUUACGCUAUCUCCUUCCUCGCGACCUGGCCCGGUCGCUGCCGCUAUCUUCCUCACGAUAUUACGACCCUGGCCGAUUUGAUGAGCUAUUUCUACCAGUCCCCGCUGUUGGCGGAUAAGCUUCUUCGCGAGCCGCGUAGCAAGACUGACCUGGUAACCCGACUGAUUGUGGCCCCUCCAUCUGAGCGUCUGCUGCCUAUGUACGGGUUUGGCAUUUAUGUCGGCCGUGAUGGCAAGGAACAUCUCGGCAUUGACCGUUUCCAUCGCCCCGGUCGGACCGAUAUGCUGAUUACGACGGGCACGAUGAAAGGAUGA